UAUUCCGUAAGAUGCACGAAUUAGACAUAAAACCGAAUGUUGUCACCUUUUCAGCAAUCUUGAACGCUUGCAGCCAUUGUAGUUCAUAUGAAGAAGCAUCAUUGUUGUUGGAGGAGCUGCGUGUUUUUGAUAACCAUGUUUAUGGAGUGGCACAUGGACUACUGAUGGGGCAUUGUGAAGAUGUAUGGAUUAAAGCUCUGUCUCUUUUUGAUGAGGUAAAACAGAUGGACUCCUCAACUGCUUCUGCCUUCUAUAAUGCUCUGACUGACAUGCUGUGGCACUUUGGUCAGAGACGGGGUGCACAAUUGGUGGUGCUGGAAGGAAAACGGCGGAAUGUGUGGGAAAACACAUGGUCCAAUUCAUGCUUGGAUCUCCAUUUGAUGUCUUCAGGUGCUGCACGUGCUAUGUUGCAUGCCUGGUUACUCAGUAUACGUGCAGUUGUUUUUGAAGGCCAUGACCUACCCAGGUGGUUGAGCAUAUUGACUGGAUGGGGAAAACACAGCAAGGUAAUGGGAGAUGGGACCUUGAAGAGAGCAAUAGAAGCGCUGUUGGACAGCAUUGGGGCUCCAUUUGAAGUUGCCAAAUGUAAUAUGGGGAGGUUUGUUUCAUCCGGGGAUGUGGUGGCGGCCUGGUUGAAGGAAUCAGGCACACUAAAGGUCCUGCUUCUUCAUGAUCACGUAAUCACACACCCAGAAAGCAAACAUGCAGCAGUAGUAGCAGUAUGAGAAGAGAAGAUGUAUAGUGGGUGUGAUCCAGCUUCAUAGCCAUGCCCCUAGUGCUCCCUUUGUUGUGAUUGUAUCAUUAUCCAUCAGGCGCAUGCUGCUCCUUUUUUGUUCAUAUGUAACUUAUAGUGCAUAUAGUAUCUCUGUUUAUAUUUUGCUGGAACUGGAAGCAGUUUUUGUGGCAAACUUGUUGUUUGCAUGGGGGUGGGGGCAGAUAAACUGGUGUCAAACCCUGUUGGCCUGUCUUUCUACCAUUUUAAAAUCUUUUAUUAAAUUAUAAUUAUACAAAUUUUGAGUUGAUAA